AUGAGUAAAAUUAACUUUUAUAAAGAUAUUUUUUUGUUUGGUAAUAAUACCUCUAACAUUAAUAACAACCAACAAGAUACUCACACUAAACAAAAAGGCCUAGAGACUCACCAUACGUGGCUAAUAUCCGCACAUCAGAUCGAAACUAUAGCAUGGUUUUUGAAUUUACUGGCCAAAAGCGAGAAAUUAGAAACUUUUAAAGGCCAAAGAAUUGGAUAUUAUCAAAUACGCCUAAAGGACGAUUUAAAAAUUGAUGUUUUUAUAACUAGGUUUCCUUUAGCUUCUGUUGAAGAGAAAUUUUUAUCCUUCCCGCAGAAAUUAGGCACUAAAUUUAAUAGAACUAUUCUUAUGUUAGACUGGGAACACGAUAAUAAGUUUAAAUGGGGAAGUGAUAUGAUUAAAGAAAACAAAAUAAAAUAUGCUACUAUUCUUAUGUGCAAUGUGUCCCAUGCAAAAUAUUUAGAAAGGAAUAAAGUUGAAUGGAAUACUCAAAAAAUGGAUUUUAUUAAUCAGUUUAUAAGGUUGGUUGCAUUAAAAAAUCAGGUUUCACUGGUUUAUUCACUGUCUUUGAACAAUUUGGAUUCUUUAUUGGAACUACUGUUGGAAAAAGAUUCGCAUAAUCAUAAUGAUCCAACUGUGGAAAACUUUAUUGAUUUAGACAGGUUAUGUAUACUCAAGGGCCAAGAUUCUAUAAGUAAAAUCCAAAUGAUGGAUGAAACAUUUCCGGUAAAUGAUUCUUUAACUGAUAUAGUGGAAAAUAGAUAUGAACAAAUAAUUCCAAAUGAGAAUGGAGAAUUGCUAAAACCCGGGGAUAUUUCAUAUGUUUCAGAAGUUAGGAAUAAGAAUAUUGAUGAAAAUGACGAUUGUAGAAGUGUCGAAGAUUUAUUAGCAUUUUUGUAUAAAGAGCAAAAACAAAAAUAA